AAUUGAUAUCACUCGAAAUGACCUUCCAUGGGAAUUCAUGACAGACCGUUUACCAACCAUUUUAUUCUUUCCUCAUCAGAGGAAGGAACAAAGUGUGAAGUUCCCUGAAGACAUGUCAAUUAACCUUCCUAAUCUCCUUAAAUUUAUUUUGCAUCACUCAAGUUAUUUUCCAUCACAGCCCUGCACCAAAGAAUGCCUGCAUAAGGAGGCAGUUCUACAGCAAGGACACAUCUCCCACUUAGAGAGAGAAAUUCAGAAGUUAAGGGCAGAAAUCAUUGCCCUUCAUCAGGCCCAUGACCAGCUGGAAGCACAGCUUUCUGAAGCCAGGAGGGAGGAACACAGACUGCAGCAGCAAAAACACGCACUGGAAAAGCAGCACAAGACUCUGCAGCUCCACAGUGAGCACUUACAGGCCACAUACAACCAGAAGAACCGAGAAUUAUUAGAAAUGGCUGAAAAGCUUCAAGAAUUAGCUGAUGCAUCAGAAAACCUCCUUAAAGAGAAUACUUUACUGAGAAUCCUGGUGGCAUCAAGGGAAGGAAAGCUCCAGAGCAAAGAUGAAAUUAAAGAAUCCCUUCAGUCAGAGCAGACACGUUCUGAAGAUCAGGAUUUAUCAGGUUCAACAGUUACUGCCACAUUAGAGGAAAAAACAAUUGAUAAUAUUGAUACCAUAGAGACAGAGCACAGUAGUGGAAACAGGACAGAAUGA